UUCUACGAAACAAAGCAAAGAUGUGGAUCGUUCACAACCUGCUGUUCACCAUCUGCAUUGCUCUGAGGUGUGUGAUCAGUGCAGUAGGGGUGAUCCAUGUGCCUGGAUAUGUGGGGAGUAUGGUUAACAUUUACUGCUCCUAUGAUGCGGGUUACGAGUCUUAUGAGAAGUAUCUGUGUAAGAACAACUGUGGUGACAGUGAUGUUCUUGUUACAACAUCAAAUCCAGUGAUAAACAAAUACAGCAUCCAUGAUGACAAAACAGCACGAAUCUUCACAACAACCAUCUCUGAUCUUCAUUCUGCCGAUGCUGGGAAAUACUGGUGUGGAGUGACCAGAACUGGAAAAGAUAUCUACACUGAAGUCAAGCUUAAAUUACUUGUGGGCGACAGCUGCUGUGACACUGUGACCAAAGUUCAAAGUUAUGAGGGAUAUUCUGAGUCCUUCAGUUGUCCGUAUGAGUCUCAGUACCAGAACAGCCUGAAGUACAUCUGCAGAGGAAACCAGCCCUCCACAUGUCUGCAGCAGGCACUGAUCACCUCUGACACCAAACAAAAUGGACGAUUCAGACUUGAUGAUGACAAAGUGUCAGGAACAUUCACUGUGACCAUUAACAGUUUGGUCAAAGGUGAUUCAGGAUCAUACCUCUGUGGUGUCCAAAGAAACUCUGAGCUGGAUGUUUUCUCUGCUGUUGAGCUGAAAGUCAAAGAGUGGUGCUGUGUCAAGUCAAGUCAAAUAAAUGGUACUGUAGGACAUCCACUAAUUUUUCAGUGUCCCUAUCCUCCACAACAUCGGUAUAACAGGAAGUUCCUCUGUAAGGGAGACCAUCGCAACAAAUGCACAGACAUGGUGGCGAGUCAAAGUAGAUUUACAAUAGAAGAUAAUGGUUCUUCCAGCUCUUUCUCAGUGACGAUCACAAAGAUACAAGCAGAUGAUACUGGGACAUACUGGUGUGGGUCAGACUCUCAGUGGAGCCAUGGAAACUACACCAGGAUUCAGCUUUCAGUCGUCUUUCAGCAGCAUUCCGGCAAUGGAGCUUCCACAGUGGAAACACCAGCACAAAUUUCAGAUGCAGGACAAUAUGUGGUUUACGCUGUGCCCGCUGUGCUGCUGGUACUUAUAUGUGUCCUUGUGCUCAUAGUUUAUAAGUGCAAACGUCAGAAAAUAAAAGGUAAUGAAGCUGUCAUGAACAGAAAUACAUCAAAGACAGGAGGCUUAGAGGAAGUAAUGGGUGCAGCAGAAAAUGGCAUUUAUGGAAACGAUGAAGUUGUGAGGUAUUCAGAGAAGCAAACCUCCAAGAGUGCCUGUAACGACUAUCAUGAUGCAGGUGAAGAUGAACCAGACUAUGAAAACUGCACACAAUCUGAAGAAAUCUACUGUAAUGAAGAUUUCCAUAAAGCCAAUAGAAGAUUUGCUCUGAGGUGUGUGAUCGGUGCAGUAGGGGGAAUCCAUGUGACUGGAUAUAUGGGGAGUGAGGUUACCGUUUCCUGCUCCUAUGGCCAGGGUUAUGAGUCUUAUGAGAAGUAUCUGUGUAAGAACAACUGUGGUAAUGGUGAUGUUCUUAUUAAAACAUCAGAAUCAAGGAAAAACAAAUAUGUUAUCCAUGAUGACAAAACAGCACGAAUCUUCACAACGACCAUCUUUGAUCUUCAUUCUGUGGAUGCUGGCAAAUACUGGUGUGGGGUGAGCAAAUUUGGAAAAGAUAUCUACACUGAAGUCGAGCUGAAAUUAAUGCCAGACAGCUGCUGUGACAAUAUGACCAAGCUUGAAAGCUAUGAGGGAUAUUCUGAGUCCAUCAGUUGUCUGUAUGAGUUUCAGUACCAGAACAACCUGAAGUACAUCUGCAGAGGAAAUCGGCGCUCCACAUGUCGUCGGCAGGCACUGAUCACCUCUCAUAGCAGACAACAUGGACGAUUCAGACUCGAUGAUGACAAAAUCUCGGGAAAAUUUACAGUGACCAUUAACAGUUUGACCAAAAGUGAUUCAGGGUCAUACCUCUGUGGUGUCCAAAGAAACUCGGACCUGGAUGUUUUCUCUGCUGUUGAGCUGGAAGUCAAAGAAGCGGUGCACUACGCAGCUUACGCUGUUGUCGCUGUGGUUUUACUAAUAUGUGUCCUGGUUAUUAUUUAUAAGUACAAAUGUUACAAUGUGAGAGCAACUGAAGCUGUCAUGAGCAGAAAUACACCCAAAGCAGAUGAUGUGAUAGAUGCAGAAGAAGGUGGAAUUUAUGGAAAUCAAGAAUUUGUGGUGACCUUCAAACAGCAAAGCGCCUUGAACCACUUUGAUGAUCCAGGCGGAGAUGAACCAGAUUAUGAAAACGUUACAACUGAAGAACUCUACUGCAAUGAAAAUUACCAUAAAGCUCAGAGAAGAUAA